GAGCUGAUGAAGAUGAUGGGCAUGAGCAGGGUCUUGUACUGGUCAAGUUGGCUGCUGAGCUGCAUCGUGUCGUUAAUUAUCCCGAUAACGAUCGCGAUAAUUAUCUGCGUGGCGCCGAUUUCCUCAGACGGCGCCAUCUAUGGACACAGUGACGGACUUCUCAUAGCUAUUUUCUACAUUCUAUUCGCCUUGUCUUUCAUCAGCUUCUCAUUUUUCGUCACGACAUUUUUUGACAGGCUCCUGAAAACGAUCCCGGUCGGAAUUCUCCUCAUGCUAAUGACUUACAUGGCUCCUACAUUUUCCCUGAAUUUGUGGAACGUCAGCGAUGGUGUGGAAGGAACAGUUGGCAACUCUGAGUCCCUGGCUUUGUGUUUGAUGCCCAACAUGGCCAUGGUUUAUGGUGUCAGAGUCGCAUUUGCUUUCGAGGGCAGAGGAGUUGGACUCCAGUGGAAAAACAUGAACCAAGCACCGUAUUUAAACGACGGCAUGACCAUGACCUCAGUUUUCCUCAUGCUGGUCUUCGACACAGUUUUCUACAUGAUCCUCACUUUGUACAUGGACACCAUAAAACCUGGAAAGUACGGGGUUCCUGCGCCAAUUUACUUUCCGUUCCAGCUUUCAUACUGGUUUCCCAAGAAGAGCAAAGUGAAUGCAAAAUCGGACUCAGCAUCUGCUUCGAUACUAGCUGGCAAAAACCAGUUCUUUGAAGAUGAGCCUCAGCAUUUGCAAGCCGGAAUCGACAUUGCAAAUUUGCGGAAGGUUUUCUGGUCACUAGAAGGGAAAAAAGUCGCUGUUGAUGGCCUGAGUUUGAAGGCGUAUCGCAGUCAAAUCACUGCUCUUUUGGGUCACAAUGGCGCGGGGAAAACUACUACUAUGUCAAUU